AGAUGGCCGACUUGGAGUUUGAUGGUUACCCACUUCAUGAAAGUGUAUUUAACGAUGAUAUACGACGGCUUUCACAAUUAUUACGGGUACAUGAUGUAGCACAGAAGGAUGUUCAUGGAAACACACCAUUACAUCUUGCAGUGAUUUUAGGACAUAAAGAAUGCAUACAUCUACUGCUGGCCCAUGGCGCGCCUGUACGUGUCAAGAAUGUACAAGGAUGGACUCCAUUAGCUGAAGCCAUAAGUUAUGGGGACAGACAAACAAUUGUCAGUUUGUUAAGAAAACUGAAGCAGCAAUCAAAGGAAGCUCUUGAAGAAAGAAGACCUCAACUUAUACAAGCUCUGAAAGAUAUAGGAGAUUUUUAUUUAGAACUUAAGUGGGACUUUCAUAGCUGGGUGCCGCUUGUUUCCAGAAUAUUACCAUCUGAUGUAUGUAAAAUUCACAAAUCUGGAGCUUGUCUACGAUUGGAUACUACAUUAGUAGAUUUUAAUGGUAUGCACUGGGAAAGAGGGGACAUAACUUUUGUAUUCAAUGGUGAUAUGCCUCCAGAGAAAUGUCUCACAGUCAUGGAUAACAAAACUAAAGUUUAUCAAAGAAUAAAAUAUGAGGAAACAGAACAGGAGGUUGAAGAUGAAGUAGAUAUAUUGAUGAGUAGUGAUAUAAUGGCAGCUCAGAUGUCCACUAAAAAUAUCACCUUCUCUCGUUCACAAAGUGGAUGGCUUUUCAGGGAAGACAAAACAGAAAUGGUUGGUGAAUUUGAAGCAGAUUUUUUCAAUGUACAUGGACUUAAUUUAGAAUCAAAGAAGAGGAGAGAGCAUUUAUCCCCAGAAGAUAUACAGAAAAACAAAGCAAUAAUGGAGAGUCUAAGUAAAGGAACCUGGGACAAUUGUGAGUUUGACCGGAGGCCAUCAUUAGAACCCCCACCCAAACCUAGUAUAUCAUGGACUGAUUAUGCAUCAGCACAACCAGGAAAACAUGUCUGUCUAGGUAGACAGUAUAUAUCUAAAGAAAGCCCAAAGUCUUUCAAAGCUACAGUGGCUGUGAGCAAGAAUUUUCCAAUGAACGUUCAUGCCUUAUUAGAUGUCUUGGAAGUUGUUGCUCCUUUUAAACAGUUCCAAAAAUUGAGAGACUUUAUGACAUCAAAAUUACCAGAUGGAUUCCCAGUACAAAUUGAAAUCCCAGUGUUUCCUACAGUGACAGCUACUGUAACGUUCCAGCACUUCUCAUGGCGAGAGAACUUAAAUCCUAACUUAUUUACCAUUCCUUUCCAAUACCGAGAAGAUCCAAAAAGAUUCCCCGACUUAUGACUCAUCUGGAAGGACAUUAGUAUCAUCCAUAUCUUAAUGAGCCUUCGUAGUCUCCAAGAUGAUAUUGUAGGAAUGGAAAUCCCCUUAACUAAUUUAGGAAACUCUAGUACAGAAAUGACUCUCAUUCUCUAGUUAUGGAAAUCCCAUGACUUAUUUAGGAUACUUCAAACAUAAAAGACUUUUAUCUUCUCGUCCUUGGAAAAUUAACUUAGAAAAAUGCACAGAAUAAAAACUCAUCCUCUAGUAAUGGAAAUCCCCAUGAUUACUUGAGAAAACUUCAAAAAUAAAGACAAUUUUCUUCUUGUCAUGGAAAUUUCCUAAAUUAAGUUAGAAAAUACAGCAUAGACACUUAUCCUCUAGUCAUUGUAGACAGAUUUUAGUGAUUAAACAGAUUUGUGAUUCUUGACAAUCUGAUAUUUUUGUUAUGCAACAUUUGGCAGGUUUAACUAUUUAAUGUAUAUAUGAUAUGGUUAUAUAUGUGUUGUUAGCAUCUUUUUCUCAAGUUGUUUUAAUUAACAGAAAACAGUUGAUUCAUUAUUAAUAAUGAAAGUAUAUUAUUAUAUUCAAUACAGACAAAACAAGUAUUUUUGAUCUGAGAAAAUAUAUCUGUUAUAUAGUAAAAAUAUGAAUUGUGAGUUUUUGUGUAGAGUUUAUCAAUCUGUACAGAAAAAAUAUUAUUAGAUAGAUUUUAGAUUUAUAGGGGGAAGGUAAUUGACUUUACAAUGAAAGCUGAAAGUAUCUAUGUUCUUGGUUGAAAUUAAAAAGAUUUGUAAUUCAGUUGUACAAUGGUUGAAGUGUCAGGAUAUCAUAAAAAUAAAAAUGUAAACUUCAUAUAACAAAUUGAAGUAGGUAAUUGACAAUUAUGUUUCUGUACCCAUUUCAUCUAAUGCGUUGUGACUCCACUGAUUUAGGUAAAACAGAUAUUUUCUUGUUUUAAUUAAAUAUAUAUAUAAUAAAUAAAAAAAAGUUGCCUGUCAUUGACGAGCUAGUAGAUUAUGGAUACCAUUUUUUGGAAGAAACUACUAAUUCAUUGUUUCACUUUAAUAUACUCCAAAUACAGAAAAGAUUUUUCAUAAAGAAAUGUUAUAAUUUAGAAUUUUCAUGUUAUACAUCCUUUAUAAUGAUAAAUGUGACUGGAUGAAUAUCAGAAUAAUUCAACUACCCAUUUAAAAUGACUUGUUGUAUUGUAUCACUGGAAUGACAAGAAUUCCAUGUGCAUUUGGUUGAUCUGCAAUAAUAAAUGUGAGCAUGAAAUUUUGAAUUAACAGAACAAAAUUUUCAAUAAAUAUGACAUUUUUAAAAUAAGUCAUAAAAAGCUGAUAAUAUGUCCAUUACAAUCCUACACUAUUUUGAAAAUUUAUGAGGAGUCAACUUUUGUUGGGUUUCCAAAUUUUUUCCUACAUACCACAGAUUUUUAAAUUCAUUUAUUCAUACAUGUACCUAAGAACAUAGAUUUUCAAAUUCAUUUAUACAUACCACAGGGCACCUAAUUUCAAAUGUAUUUAGACAUACCACAGAACACUGACUUUCAAAUGUAUUUAUACAUACCCUAGAACACUGAUUUUCCUUAGCAUUUAUUAUACUUUUGUAUGGUUAUAUUGAUUUGUUAACUAAAAAUUCAAUGGUCAUUGUUGUAAUUAUAUUAGAUAUUUGAAUUGCUUUUUUUUUCCUUUAAGAAUCCUGUUG